UCCAAGAAGACAUCCAAGAACUCGCCAUAAUUCCAAACCACUGUGCCGCUGUAGCACUCCUCGUCCUCUCAAGAACACGGAAAUUUUCGGGGUCUUUCGGGUUCCGGUCUCCCGGACACCAAAAGCUUGGAUUUAAUUUCAUUUGACCGGUUGUUCUAGGGAGGAAGUUGCCAGGGCGGAGGCGGCAUGCGCGCCCUGAUGUAGAUUUCUUUUCCCCUGCUUGGCCCGGUGUUCGCAUCUCUUGGGAGUUGGGAUUCGGACCUUUUGAUCUGCCAACUUGAGGCCAUGCGCGCCGGCGGAAGAGGUUUUCUGCGAAGGAAGUGAUCGCAUUUGGGGGGCGGUGGUGCUGGUGGAGAUGAAGGAGGUUGGCGAGGAGAGAUGCCUGGACCCGCAGCUGUGGCACGCGUGCGCGGGCGGCAUGGUGCAGAUGCCGCCGGCGCGCUCUCGCGUUUACUACUUCCCGCAGGGGCACGCCGAGCACGCGAACAGCGGCGGCGGCGGGGCGGCCGCGGAGCUCGCGGCCACGGUCGGCCCGCGCCUGCUCCCGGCGCUCGUGCUCUGUUCCGUGGCGGGGGUGCGGUUCCUGGCUGAUCCGGAGACUGACGAGGUGUUCGCCAAGAUCCGGCUGGUGCCGGUUGGCCCAGACGAGGUUGCGUUCCGGGAGCCAGAGGGGCUUGGCCCGCUCGAGGCGGAGGCGCAGGAAAAGCUGGCCUCCUUCGCCAAGACGCUGACGCAGUCUGACGCCAACAACGGCGGUGGGUUCUCGGUGCCGCGCUACUGCGCGGAGACCAUCUUCCCCAAGCUGGACUACAGGGCCGACCCGCCGGUGCAGACGGUGCUCGCCAAGGACGUGCAUGGGGAAGUGUGGAAGUUCAGGCACAUCUACAGGGGCACGCCGCGGCGGCAUUUGCUCACCACGGGGUGGAGCACGUUCGUGAACCAGAAGAAGCUCGUGGCGGGGGACUCGAUCGUGUUCCUGCGCACGGAGCACGGGGAGCUCUGCGUCGGGAUACGGCGUGCCAAGCGGGUCACCUGCGGGGGCAUGGAGUGUGUGUCCGGGUGGAACGCACCAGGGUAUGGGGGCUUUUCAGCAUUCCUGAAGGAUGAGGAGAACAAGAUGAUGAAUAGCACCGGUGGGUACUUGAAGGGCAGGGGGAAGUUGAAGAUUGCUGAUGUCGUGGAGGCGGCUAGCCUUGCUGCUAACGGGCAGCCAUUUGAGGUGGUGUACUACCCGAGAGCUAGCACACCAGAGUUUGUUGUGAAGGCUGCUUCGAUGCAGGCUGCCAUGAGGAUUCACUGGUGCCCUGGGAUGAGAUUCAAGAUGGCUUUUGAGACAGAGGAUUCCUCAAGAAUUAGCUGGUUUAUGGGGACGAUAUCUUCUGUUCAGGUUGCCGAUCCAAUCAGAUGGCCGAAUUCACCGUGGAGACUUCUGCAGGUCUCAUGGGAUGAACCAGACUUGUUGCAGAACGUGAAAUGUGUCAGCCCAUGGCUUGUGGAGCUUGUAUCAAGCAUUCCACCAAUCCAUUUGGGACCGUUCUCUCCACCACGAAAGAAGUUACGGGUUCCCCAACAUCCUGAUUUCCCAUUUGAUGGUCAUCUGUUUAAUCCAAUUUUCCAUGGGAACCCACUUGGUCCUAGCAACAGCUCCCUACGCUGUUACCCGGACAACUCUCCUGCAGGCAUACAGGGAGCCAGGCAUGCUCAAUUUGGUUUACCAUUAACAGAUCAUCAGCUUAAUAAGCUGCACCUUGGUCUGUUCCAAGGCGGUGGUUUUAACCGGCUUGACGCUUUAACUCCGUCUUCACGGAUACCUAAGGGCUGUAUGAUCAGCAGUGCACCAGCCCAUGACAGCGUCUCUUGCUUGUUGACAAUCGGUACACCACAGAGCACAGAAAAAUCUGAUGAUAGAAAGACACCCCACAUAAUGUUGUUUGGAAAGGCUAUUCUUACCGAGCAGCAAAUGACUUCAAGUGGAUCAAGAGACACACUUUCCUCUGGGGCUACUGCAAAUAGUUCACCUUACGGUAAUGCACCGAAGGCAGGAAAUACAUCUGAUGGCUCUGGUUCAUCAAUUUGCAUUGGUUUCUCAUCCCAAGGUCACGAAUCUUCUGAUUUUGGAUUAGAAGCUGGGCACUGCAAGGUAUUUAUGGAAUCAGAGGACGUUGGUCGCACCAUUGACCUGUCCGAUUUCGUGUCAUAUGAAGAACUGUAUGGGAGGCUGGCUGACAUGUUUGGAAUCGAGAAAGAAGAAAUAAUAAGCCAUCUUCGUUACCGUGACACAGCUGGUACAGUCAUGCAUACUGGGGAACUGCCAUUCAGUGACUUCAUGAAAGUAGCACGGAGGCUGACAAUAAUUAGUGGCGACAGCGGAAGACUGCCGAAACCUCUCAUCGAGUGCAUGGCUCAGCGGGUGUGAUGCCUCAAUGAAGAUCAGUGGGUGUUUCGUCGAGAAAUAUUAAACCUAGCGUGAUGGACUUUCUAUAUAUCUAUCUAUAAGUAUUUACUCGUGCUGUUAAGCAGAGAACUGGUUCGUUGGUACAAUCUGGUGGAUUGCCUUUUUUUAUAUGUAUCUGUCCGCGCUGUUACGCGGAUUGACUUGUAUUAGCUGUUUGUUCAUGUUGGGGAUUGCCGAAGUGACAGAGGGUUUUCGUCCUGCCCCUGAGUUGCUCAUCAGGCACUUCUGUGGAAGUGCUCCUGAAGAAACUCUUGGACGGGUUUGCUUGAAAUAAAAUUCCAGUUUGUUCUUGGGAAAUAGUA